GUAAUGAAUUUGUUUCUGUCAUCAACACCAUUACCCAUUUCUUAACCAUGUCAUUCCCUUUCUCCACCAUUGCAACCUGCUCCAACUUUAAAGGCUAAGGCACUCAUUGUUUGUCUAGACUAAAGAAAAUCUGAAGCAUGGAAGAAGGAAUUGUGACUGUGGGAGCUGGGCUUGCUGAUCUUGCUAUACAGCUUUAUCACUUCACAGGUAACUAAAUUAGCUGUUCCCCACAGUUCAAAAUCCUGGUAGUUCUGUUGGGAUUUCUGUAUGAUCUUAUGAAGCAAAAUUGCUGCAGGAUGGGGAUAAGAAGCUUGGUGUUGGAAUCAGCUGAUAGCUUGAGGUCUAGCGGAUUCGGAUUCAUGGCACCUAAUGCCUGGAAGGCCUUGGAUUCAUGCUCAUUCCAUCAUCUCAUUCAUCUUCAAGUUGACUAUAAGUUGUUUUCUUUACUGAUGAAAGUCUGCAACUCUCUGAAAUUGGACUGUCGGAAUUGCGGAUGGGUCGAAUAUCACAGGGGAACUUGUGCUUCGCCAAGGCGCCGUCGUUUAAGGAGUUUUUCUUGACCCUUCGUCCAAGUUCUCACCUUUCUUACUUUCUUUGCCGGGAAUCGGAAAACGUUUCUCAACUGUACUUUUAUAAACGUUUCUCCAAUUUCGACUUCAAUUACAUUUGCUCGGAGUGAAAAGCCCUACCAAAAACCCUUGCUUUUUCAUUCGAUUCUCUCUUCCCAAGCAGACGGGAAAGGGGAAUUCCAUGGCGGGCGGUCGAUUCAGAGAGCUACUGAAGAAGUACGGGAAAGUAGCACUAGGGGUUCACUUCUCCGUCUCCGCCGCUUCCAUCACGGGGCUCUACGUCGCCGUCAGGAACAACGUCGACGUCGAGUCGGUCUUCGACAAGCUCCAUCUCCCGGGGCUGUCGAGCAAAGAAUCCCCCACCGCCGAGCAAAUCCAGGAGCAGCAAGCUCCUCGGCCCAGCGGCGGCGGUAUCGAAUCGGAGGCGCAUCGGGCGCCGGCGGAAUCGACGACGGUGGUGGUGAGUGGCCAGGAGGAGACGAAGGGGAGGAGUCGGGUGGCGGAGCUCGCUGCUUCGAGCGGUGGCGCGCUCGCUCUGGCUUUGCUGUUCAACAAGGCGCUGUUCCCGAUUCGGGUCCCGAUCACCCUCGCGCUGACGCCUCCCGUUGCGAGGGCUUUGGCCAGGAGAGGAAUGAUCAAGAACAGUACUGUAUGAGCUUCAAAUUGUACUUCUUUUCUAUUAUAUUCAAUUCGUUUUGCUUCUGAGUGAUUUUGGGUAGCUUUUUAGAACACAAGAGAUGAAAGGGGAAUUAUUGAUUAUGGUUCUUUGAGUAGUGGUUUCAGAAUUUGCGACAGUAGCAAUUAUCCAUAUGUGGUUUUGCUGUGCAUACUUUGUUGUUCAGAAUAAUAGUGAAAGAUUCUA